GUAUUGAUAGACUUAUGGUCUCUCAACCUAGGCAUGAUGACUCAUUCUCACACGUUGUUUGUAUACAGUGCAGAACAGCUGUCCGUGUUUUGUAUCUUCUUGAUCCACCAGCAUCACUGGAACUGACAGGAUGGCAGAGCCAGAGUGGACAAGUAUCUUCCAGAUUACAGCAAAGAAUCUUAAAAACUCCUGGCGUCUGGAGUUUGAUGAAAGCAUUGUGCCUAACCGCCAACUACCGGGCUGGAAGAAGUCUAUUGUUUACACAAGUGCACGGUUCAACUGCAGCAAGUGUGGAAGACGCUGGUCUUCCAACAAGGUGAUGGUGGUCUGCAGCAUGCGCCUGGAAUACGGGCAGGGCGUUGUCAAGGUGAGGCCCUCCCGUCAAAACUGUAAGAUUUGCAGCGACGCUCCGAUGGAGAAGCCAAGCAUCUUCUCAGAGAACAUCAAACCCCUCCUGCAGAAUCUGGUGGAGAAGAUAAGAAUCAAAUGCUACAAUGAAGACCUGGGCAGAAAGAAAAAGUCCUUUAGAAGCUUUGAUGCCAAAAGUCCCCAUGAGCCUGCACAUUGUGAGGCCUGUAUGCAAGGCAUCUGUCCAAAGACAAAGUACUAUUAGCAAAGCGUCAGUUGUAUUAGACUUUCCCUCCUGUCAUUCUGUUACAUUGUAUUGCUUGCAUCUUUUUUAUAUGAUAAAGUGCAUGUAAGCUUUCAUAAAUGAUUUAUUCUUGUUGGUUUUUUCCUGUUAUCAAUUUUCUUUAAAAUGUUAUUUUGUCUUUUCAAAAGCAUUAAACAAGCCUUCUCUUAAGCAGAAAUGUGUUAGAUAAUCAAAGCUUAUGCAAGCAAUAAACUAAAUGUAUUUGUGA